CUUGACGAUAGCUCAUUGCCGAACCCACCACGUUAUCGGCAUCUCUGGCAAUCAUCGGAGGUCCGACAGGAAAUGGCAUGACCGGAUCAGAUCUUGGCUGAUGUCAAUCUGGAAUGCCAUUGGCGACCCGCUGUCGUGAAGAUAGCGUCUCACUACUUGUGAUUCGCUCACAGUUGCGGUCUCAAAGUUGCAAGCACACGCGAGAAGACAUUCCAUUGUCCGAAAAUCGAGAUUGAUUAACCAUUCAAAAGUGCGAGUCCGGCUUUGGUAAGAAAUCACUUCAGAUAUCACAGAAUAUCUCACUCGAUUAGGCCUUUUCACCCGCAAAUGCUUUAGCUAGCCACCAAUAUUUCAAACCCUCAACAUAAUGGCCAUCACUGACGAUGCUGUCCAUGGCAUCGCCAGCGGAGUGGGCUUCGCUAUCCCAGACGCAGAUCUCAAGGAUUAUGUAGAGUUACUGGAGAAGUUUGAAUCCAGUCUGGAAGCAAUUACCAAUUCUGAAGAUUACCAGCCGGUGCCGGAUUUUGAGGCAUCCGCCCGUACAAAUGUCCAUUUCCCAGAAGAAGCCGACAAUGCACUCGGAGGUUGGGCAUGGCGUUGUACAUGUGUACACAGAGAACCUCCAUCUCUUCUCCUCGAGAACAAGACAUUUUGUCUCAAGGACAACAUCGCAAUGGCCGGUGUUCCCUGCCUCCUAGGCACCGAGAGCUUCACUGGUUGGAUUCCAAAGACAGACGCCACGGUAGUUACUCGCAUAUUGUCGCACAGUGGCACAAUUUCCGGCAAGGCAGUUUGCGAGAACUUGUCCCGCGGUGCCGUCAGCUCUACGGCUGCUACGGGCCCUGUUCACAAUCCGUAUGCGAAAGGGUACUCUGCCGGUGGGAGUAGCUCUGGUACUGCUGCUCUCGUUGGAUCUGGAGCGGUCGACAUGGGCAUCGGAUGCGAUCAAGGCGGGAGUAUCAGGAUUCCUGCUGGUCUUUGUGGGCUCUACGGCUUCAAAGCUACUGUAGGUCUGGUUCCCUAUACUGGAAUUGCAAGCAAUGACGCCAGUGUUGACUACGUCGGACCCAUGACAAGGACGUGUUUGGACUGCGCCAAGUUGCUACAAGCUAUUGCUGGUGCCGACGGCAUGGACGAUCGGCAGAUUGCGGGGACGCCGUUUGUGAAAGAUGUUCCCAAAUACGCAGAAAUCCUCGAGGCAACAAGGAGCCAAGGAGUAAAGGGUAUGAGAAUUGGAAUUUUGAAAGAGGGACUCUCAUCACCAAUGCUUGACUCCGAGGUGGAGAAGAAGUUCAAGGCGGCUGUUGCGGAAUUCGCAAAGCUUGGUGCCAUAAUCACCGAAGUCAGCGUUCCCAUGCACCAGUUUGCACGCACCAUUUACGUUGUCAUGAGCAAAAUGGGAAAUCAUAUGGGCAUGCAAGGGAGGGCAACUGGGAGAAGACAGGUCAUGCUCACCGACCUUCUCGAGAAGAAGAGCUUUCCGUUUUCACAGGAUUCCGUAUCAAAGAUGAAUACAGUGAGCAAGGAAGGUUUGUUAUCUGGGGAGUUUGGAUGGCAGAAUCAUCCACUCGCUUAUGCGAAGGCGAUAAACCUGUCCCGAAAACUACAGCAUGAGUACGACACUGUGUUGGACGAGGUUGAUCUCCUCGUUAUGCCCACGACAGUAACACCGAGCAACCCGCUUCCUCCCGUUGGCGCAACCCCUCGUCAAGAUAUGGACGCAUCGGCCGGAAAGCUAGAAAAUACUUCGCCAUUUAAUGCGUCCGGUCACCCGGCUUUAGCUGUUCCCAUUGGUUUUGUACCCGCCAAGGAUGAUCCUAAGAUCAUGUUGCCAGCGAGCAUACAGAUCGUUGGCAAGUACUGGGAUGAAGCAAGGAUCCUACGAGCUGCUUACGCUUGGGAGAAUAGCAUUGACUGGAGAACAUUCUAGAGAUGAAUUGUAGAAAUUUCG